CCAUAGUCCUGCCUGCUGCUGCUCCCCUUGUAGAGAAGAGGGGAAGUUGCUGGUCCCAGUGUCCCAUAACCCAGAGACCCCCAUCUCUGUGUCUAGUGAGGGGUGGCGUGAGAGGCCCGGACUCAGUCCAUGUGCCUGGGGCUGGCUGGCUGGCUUAAACAGAAUCCAUCUGGCAGGGAGCUCUGGAGAGCCACAGCCCACCCACCUGCUUCUUCCCACCCCUACCGCUACGGCGCAAUACUCCACGGCCCCAGCUAGGGGCUGUCGCUAAGACACCUGAAAUUUCAGCUCCUUGCUCCUGACCCAGCUGGACCCUUCCCAAUCUGUGUGGAAGGGGGACUCUGCUUCCUUCUGCUCGGGUGGGAGCAGGCCAGUGGCUCCUUGCACCCAGGGCUGAGCAGGCCAUGCUGUGCUUGGAGGCGUGUUGCAUCCCAUGCACCCGCAGGCUGCCUGCUCCCCUACCCUCCUCUCCUGGAGCAGGGGAAGGUUUCACAGGCUUGAACUGGGUCCCUCUGGGCAGCACCAGCCACCGUGCCGGUGUGGACUCUGGGGAGUGUGGCUGGGGGCGCAGAGGCGGGUGCCCAUGCUGGAGCUGGCAGGCUGAGCGACUCUUGUCUGUGUUCCAGGCCAGCAUGUCGUCGCUGUCGGGCAUGUCCCGUGGCAGGAAGGUGGCGCUGUCUGCGUUGGGCGUGCUGGCUGCCGGUGGCGCUGGGCUGGCCCUGGCUCUCCACACGGCUGUGAGUGCCAGCGACCUGCAGCUGCACCCUCCCAGCUACGCCUGGAGCCACAACGGCCUGCUGGCCUCCCUAGAUCACAGCAGCAUCCGGCGCGGCUACCAGGUGUACAAGCAGGUGUGUGCCGCCUGCCACAGCAUGGACUAUCUGGCCUUCCGCAAUCUCAUCGGCGUCUCCCACACCGAGGCUGAAGCCAAGGCCCUGGCCGAGGAGGCGGAGGUGGUCGAUGGCCCAGACGAGAACGGCGAGAUGUUCACGCGCCCAGGCAAGCUCUCCGAUUACUUCCCCAAGCCCUACCCCAACCAUGAGGCGGCACGAGCAGCCAACAACGGGGCGCUGCCCCCAGACCUGAGCUACAUCAUCAGCGCCAGGCACGGGGGUGAGGACUACGUGUUCUCCCUCCUCACCGGCUACUGCGACCCGCCCCCUGGGGUGGUCAUCAGGGAAGAGCUGCACUACAACCCCUACUUCCCGGGGCAGGCCAUCACCAUGGCGCCCCCCAUCUACAACGAGAUCCUGGAGUUCGAGGAUGGGACCCCAGCCACCAUGUCCCAGAUAGCGAAAGACGUGUGCACGUUCCUGAGGUGGGCAGCGGAGCCAGAGCACGAUCACCGCAAGCGCAUGGGAAUGAAGAUGCUGAUGAUGAUUGGCCUCCUGACACCCCUCAUCUACUACCUGAAGCGCCACAAGUGGUCUGUACUAAAGAGCAGGAAAAUCGCGUACCGGCCCCCCAAGUAAGCACUGGAUCCAGCAUGCUGGCCCGCGGGCCUUGGCCACCCGGCCACCGCACGACCCCUCCCAGGACAGGAAUGUAUGUACAGCUGGACGGACAGACGGGGGCAGCCCACUCCUCAUGACGCGUUACUCCUAUUUAAUGUCCUCUCCCUUGGACGCAGCUGCUAGGCCUGGGAACGGACUCUGGGAAGGGGGGGCAGCUGCUGUCUGUACGCGCAAGCUGAGGGGCAGAAAUAAACCUUCAAUCUUCAGCGGGAAA